AGGAGGUUGAGUUGGUGGACAUGGCGGACGACAGCAGGUUCACCGCCAUCAAAUAAACACCAGGCAAAGCGAAACCGAAGAGGGCAGACAGCUGCUGGAGGAGGAGGACUGACAACCAUUUUAAUGUUACAUGGAUAGGCCAGAUUCCCCAGGACUGUGAGGCCUCCACUGAAGCCGCAUGGCGUCCACUCAAGCCCGGAUCGGCCAGCAGGCCUUAGCGGUGCUGGAUGUGGCUCUGCGAGUUCCCUGUAUCUUUAUUAUCGACGCCAUUUUUAACUCCUACUACGACCCAGGUUCGGGAUGGGCCGGUGCCAUGGGGAAGGUUCUGGUCAGGGUCAUGGGUAUGUAUUUUAAAGUCUAGUAAACGAGGUUCCGGUUCUGGAAACAACAGCCGAACUGACAGCUAACUCGCUAACUAGCUGGCUCUGAGCCGAGAGUGAAGUUAUGUCACCUGUCCGAUCGAAUAAAGCCGACUUAACCGCCAGCGCCGAUAUCAGUACGAGUCCGAUCAGUUUCACACAGUGUUGUUGUUGUUGUUGUUGUGUGUAGACCUCUAAAGUGUGUUAUUACUGUGAAAUCGAACAGUAGAGAGGUUAGUUAGUAAAGGUUGCAGAGUAAUAGUGACCCAGCUGGAGUCACACAGGAAGUCCUUAAGUGGUCAUGACGGAAUAUUCUGGUAUUCUGUUUAAAUAACAACUUAAACUACCUUUACUUUCAUUUAUUUUCAUUUCUUUAAAACAAAACAAAGUGGUCUGUCACCUUGAGUCCUUUGACCAGGUGUGUUGAAACCAGCUGACCUUAAAAAGUCGUUUAUUACAGAUGGUCACUCAGAACUGGGGUUGGGCAAUCAGCUGCAAUUAAAACCUUAUUACAAUACAAGUGUAAACAAUGUUACCCGGGCGACAGUUGAACGGAAUGAUAAGUCGGUGAAACCGGUUAGUUCGGGCAUUUUGAUACAUAAUUUAAAGCAUUAGGACUGAAGAACAGUUACUACCCACAUGCAGUUCGCUUACUUAACUCCUGACAGAACCACUCUGUGCAAUAACCCACUUACCUGUGCAAUAUCAUCUGUCAUGUGCAACACAGCCAUUAUUUAUCAUGUGCAAUAUGGCAACUUUCAUCCCUCAUUUAUCUCAUGACUUAUCCUCCAAUACAUUCACACUCGGCACCUACUGCAUCGCUUCUUCACUUUGUAAAUAUUUCUGUAUCCUCGUUUUAUUAUAUUCAUUCAGUACUUAUUGUGCGUUCCUUCUGUACUCCGUUAAGUCGAGCGGUCCUCUCAUCCAGGGCAUUUCAUUGCUUUGUUUAACAUGAACACGACUAAUAAACAAAAUCUUGAUCUUCUUCGUUAGCCGAAGCCUGAGCUCAGGAGUCAGAUUAUAAGAUAAUAACCAGAUACAGUCAGUAGAUGCUGCAGGAAGUGUGACCCUCCUUACUCACAGCUAUGGUCCGUCUGCUGUCAGUUAAGUCAGGCCUGAACUGAGACAGGAGAGUGUUCUGGAGGUCAAAUCUGAACAACAAAAGAGACAAAUAUCAGCAGACACAUUUGAACCUUUUCCACAUUUUUAAGUAGAGUUUGACCGUAUUUUCAGUGUUGUUUUCUAAAAUUCAUGACUUUUAUUGCCGUGCUGUCAUCCUUGUUUUCGAGGUACUUGACCUGCUCAGUCUAAUCUGUUAGAAUAACCCAGUCCUCAUAAAUCCCAGCGGUUUUUAUCCUCCCCUCAGAGAAUAGCCUGCUCAAGCUAAGCUCUUUGAGAAGUAUUUAGUGAAAAGGGUGAAAACUCAGUCCAGACAAUCAGCUGUGAAGUUACAUAACUCUCCAUUUGUGCAGUUUGAGGACCUUUGCACAGUUUAGUCAGAAUGAAAGUUUGUGUGUCAGACAGGCCAGAGGCUGAACCAGGUUCCUCUAAAGUGGGUCAGCCAGCAGUGUUAUGUUAUUUGAACCCAAUAAAACCACUUCAGACUCAGGAGUGUUUACUAGAAAACAACCAAAAAACUCAGUUCAUACAAGGAAAGACAUCCACCAUCCGUGAAGUUCAACACCCUCAGCCUGUGUUGUCAUUGAACUCUUAACAUAAACGAUAAAAGGUUAAUAUUAAACUUGAUCAAAGCUUCACAGAGGGGGAGGUAAGGUUGGGGUGUUGGACAGACUCCAGUACACACUCUUAGAUCUACAUACUAGAAACUGCAAACAAACAGGCGUCGUAAUUUCAAGACAUUUGACAGACCUUAUCUCUGCUGUGUUACCAUGGUGAUAGCCGUGCUUUUACACUCUCAGAACUGUCAAAAAUGUUCUUUAAAAUCCGGUCGGUGUGUAAGAUUUCUGCUGUAACAGUUUUUUAAGAUGUUCAAACUAACACGUGAGUCAUGAAGAAGUCAAACUCAAGCUAGAGCUAGAGCAAACUAGAGCUGCACUUCAGUUAUUUUACUUAUUCCAAUAAUCAUCUUGUGACAGUUUGGUUUUUACCGGUGUAAUCUGCCCGUGUUUGUACCACGAUCACUCUGAAAUUCUGGUAUCUUUACAGGGAUAUUCCAGCGUAAAAUUAAUUCAGGGUCAAACCCACCGUAACACCGAGUUAGACCCCCCCUCCAGAGAUGAAUGUUGUCGACCGUUUGCUUCUCUAGUUAUACCAACUUUAGUAACGACCGCAGGAUAGAAAUACACAGUGGUCUGAGGAGCCAUAAACAAACCUCAACCAAAACGCCACUCUAUAGCCACAAAUAAUGCUCAGAACAGCAUUAACUUCAUCAGCAGUACAUAUAGGGUCACAGACAUAGUACUAGACACCAAACAUCUUUUUAACUUUAGCAAAGAGACUAAACACAACUCACCUACUCUCUUCCAGCAGCCGCUGGGUGAGUCCAUUACAGAAUACAGUGGGGUGCCGCAGCUCAAGGAAGAACAUUUAUGAUCAUUUCUUUAUCAUUUCCUUGAAGUAAUAAUCACCAUAUUAAUCAUUUUACAGACGCGGUAGUUCUUUUGUCUUAGCGUCUCGGUCUGAUUUUAUUUCCAUGAAGAAAUGAUCAUAAAUUCGGCGUUAUGGUGUGUUUGACCCUAAAUUAAUUUUAUGCCGGAACAUCCCUUUAAAGUGUUUAUUUCACAUAUUUGGAGCCUAAGAAACACCUUAAUAAUUGGACGUCAGAUCAUGUUGUUGAAAGAAUUUAAUGUGAAUGAUUACGCUGCAGAUUUAAGCGAACAGCAGAGGAAAAUAAAGAGUGAAUUGUCAGAUGUCAGCCUUGUCAUGUUGUUGUUAUUCAGGAGCGAACGAUCAGACGUAGUCUGGGUUCUCCUCUCUUCAUUUUCUGUUGAGUGACUUUUUGCUCUCCGUCAUUUUCCAGGCGUCCUCAUCUCCAGCGUGGUGCUGCUGCUCUCCCAGAAGGCCUUGUUCAAGUUCUACACCCUCUUUUUCGCCGUCCUCCUCGGCAUGGCGGCGAUCCUCUUCAACUACUACGCCACCUCUCACAUAGACUUCUACAGCGCCUACUACAAAGCGGCGCUCGGGUUCAGGUUGCUGCCCAGAAACGGGCCGACGCUUUGGUUGGGCAUGGCUGCGGUCCAGCUGGUUUUUGGGAUUGGAUAUGUGUUCCUGCUCAACCUCCAGUCGCUGUUUGCGGCGCUGGUGGUCCUGGACAUUAUGAUCCCUUUGUGGGGGCUGAUGAUCGAGCUCCCAGCAGAUGUAAGACAAAUGGUCGCCGUGUUCUCGGGCCUGGCGUUGGCGCUGAACACGGCCGUGUGCCUGGCCAUGAGGCUCAAAUGGUUCUACUACUCCUGCCGGUACGUCUACCUGCUGGUGCGGCACAUGUACAGGAUCUACGGGCUCCAGCUGCUGCUAGAGGACACGUGGAAGAGGAUAAGGUUCCCAGAUGUGUUGCGGGUCUUCUGGCUGACUCGGGUCACUGCCCAGGCGCUCAUCUUGGUCUAUGUAGUGAGGGCAGUGAGGAGGGAAAGUGGGGACGCUACAGGCGGAGCUACAGACGGGAGCCCGGACUCACAGGUAAGAUCCAAACUGUUUCUGAGAUAAAACGAGCGCAAAGACUUAAAGGCGUUUAACCUUUAAACUCUCAGUGGCCGCUGUGAUUGAACGCUCACGAUUACUUCAAACAGGAGCCUCUGAAAAAAGGAUUUUGAGGCGUCUGGAGACAAGAGUCCGAGUGUCCUAACUGUGGAUCUGUUAAACAUCCCGCAGUGAACAAGAGUGAAUUCAGACAAAACCUUCAAUCAACAUUUUACAGAUUUUUAGAGAUUUUCGGCAGUUUCUCUGAGCGUAAGUCUCAGUGACAUAAAUUCAGCUCAAAGGCUCGACUUACCAAACUUGAUUUCUGAUCAUCUGUGACUAGUUUGACUUUUCAAAAGGAUCCCAGGAUUCUGUAUUAAUCAAAGUAGAUCUCCAGAAAAACCUCAUUAUAGAGAUCUGCAGAAUAUUUAAGUGAGAUUAAAAAAAAACAAAAAGAUGAAAUACAAAAGUAAAAAAAUAUGUUUAAGGUCAUUAAAAAUGUGUCUGGAAAGCACUGAUGAGUUCAUUUAUUUUGCUGUAGACGGUCUCAUACAGUACAGAUGAUAGUUAUUAUACUUAACUGGCUAAAUUAAGUGUUUUUCUAUGAAAGAGGCAUGUUUUUGGUUGGAGUUUUGAUCACAGUCCUGAUACAAGGAUGUAGAAGUGACAGUAGGAUGUGUGUUUGUGUGUGUGGCUGUGUUUGUGUUUGUGUUUGUGUUUGUGUGUGUGGCUGUGUUGGGUUCAGGCUUAUCUGCUGAGCUGGGAUGUUUUCUGGGAUCUGACCAGUAACCUGAUCAUCUCCGGCUGUGACUCCACUCUCACCGUUCUGGGGAUGAGCGCCGUGAUCUCCUCCGUCGCACACUACCUCGGCCUCAGCAUCCUGGCUUUUAUCGGUAAGACUCAGCGUUCGUGUUUUAAACGAGAAGAUUUCCAACGUUUUACCAGCUGCAGGAAACAGCUGCUGAAGAAACUGGUGAAGUUUGAAGGCUUGUCUUUUUUUGACUCUUCAGGUUCCACAGAGGAGGAGGACAAACGUCUCGGCUUCGUCGCUCCUGUUCUGUUCUUCAUCCUGGCUCUGCAGACCGGUCUCAGCAGCCUGGACCCAGAGGAACGUCUGGUAUGUUCUAACACCUCCAGCUGAUUGAUGGAUCAUUUACUGAAACUGGUUUGAUCAGAUCUUUCUGCAUGUCGCAGGUUGUCAAACUUUAUUGAACUCAUUGACUGUUUAAGCUUUUAUUGUAGUUUGCAAAGAGAUUACUCGUACAUAAGAGGUUUUAAAGUCCUUGAACUGGAUGUUUUGGUUUCCAGGUUCAGGGUUCCAGUUGUAAUAGGCUCAGAUAGUUAAAGGGGGAUUCUCUGGUUUUAUUAUUUGGUGAGUCAGGCCGCUCCCUAACUCUGAAAGUUUUAGACCACAUCUGAUUUUUGGACUGUUUCCUCCUUCACCGUUAACUGACCUCAGUAUCAAACCUUUCUCUUCACUUUCAGUGUCUGUAUCCAUCCGACCUGAAGAAGAUCUGAUGUUUUUCUGUUUUAUUAUAAUCAUAAAUUCUUAUACAUCCCUAAUCCUCCGCUCUGAAACAAACGACUCUCAAGCAGAGGUCAGGAUCCUGCUACACCUUCCAGAGUCUGAGAUAUUCUUACUUUCUGCUCCGCAGGUCCGUCUGAGCCGGAACAUGUGCCUUCUGCUGACGGCCAUCCUGCACUUCAUCCAAGGCAUGACGGACCCUGUCCUCAUGUCCCUCAGCGCCUCGCACGUCUCCUCUUUCAGGCGCCAUUUCCCCGUCCUGCUGGUGUCCACGGCGCUCUUCGUACUACCUGUGGUGCUCAGCUACGCCCUCUGGCACCACUACGCCCUCGACACCUGGCUCUUCGCUGUCACCGCCUUCUGCGUGGAGCUCUGCCUCAGGGUGAGGACCGAGACGUUCAUGUUUGGUAUCAGAUCGGUCUAAUUGUGUUCACAGAGUUCUUCUUUGACAGACGAUUGACUUUUAAUCAAUCAGUUUUUAGUCAAUCGUCUUGAAUUUGUCUUUGAAUUAAAACAGCAGACAGAAACGUCGAGUGACUCGUGUAAAUUUUGGUUCCCAAACGUUUCACAGAGUUGUUAAAAGAAGAGGUGAUGUGACUCGAUGGUAAAUAUUUCCCUGUUUUUGAAAUGUGCGUCUUUUAAAAACAAUCAUCUUCCUGUUAUCUCUGAUUAAACGCAGAGUUUAAUAACGUGUUUUUAAUAACCUUUUCUCAGCUUCCCCUCUUUUGUUGAACUUUCUGCUGAGUUUUAAAACUCUGUGGAGCCUCUUAAGGCUUCUUUGGUUUUAUUAUUAUUGCCCACAAGAGAGCAGCUGUUUACUGGAGACAGAGCUGACACAACUGGACCGCAGAACCGAGCUCAGACUACCUCCACAUUUACUCAGAUGUGUGUGUCAGCACUUUGCGGUUUGGUGGCUUCACGUGUGCUGAGGCGAGAUGACAAAGAGCAGCCGAGUGACGUUUGGCGGUGCGGUGCUUUGCAGUGGUUUUCAAAAGCCUCCCAGACUUUCUUUAAUCACACGCUCACCCCCGUGGUAAAGGUCAAAGUUCAGCCUCUGACGUGUCCUCUCUGUCGCUAACUUGUUCCUCUGCUGUCCCCGUCUAGGUGGUGGUGUCUCUGACGGUCUACGGCCUCUUCAUGGCGGACGGUUUCUCCAACGUCCUGUGGGAGAAGCUGGACGACUACGUGUACUACGUUCGCUCUACAGGGAACAUCAUCGAGUUCCUGUUUGGCGUGAUUAUGUUCGGAAACGGCGCCUACACCAUGAUGUUCGAGUCGGGCAGCAAGAUCCGCGCCUGCAUGAUGUGCCUGCACGCCUAUUUUAACAUCUACCUGCAGGCCAAGAACGGCUGGAAGACCUUCAUCAACCGCCGCACGGCCGUCAAGAAGAUCAACUCCUUGCCGGAGGUGCGCGGCGACCAGCUGAGGGACAUCGAGGACGUGUGCGCCAUCUGCUACCAGGAGUUCUCCAGCUCGGCCCGCAUCACGCCCUGCAACCACUACUUCCACGCUCUGUGCCUGAGGAAGUGGCUCUACAUCCAGGACACAUGCCCCAUGUGCCACCAGAGAGUUUACGUGGAGGAGGAGAGCCGAGACAGAGCCGCCUUCUCGAACAACAAUGGGGGCUACGCAGCGCCGCAGGACGCCGCUGCGGCGCCCCCACCCGCGGCGGGGGAAAACCUGCACGGACAGCCAGCCGGGGAGCUGCCUCCUGACAGACCUGCGGCGGGCGCUCAGGCUGCAGGAGGAGCAGGGGAGCUGGAGAACGAGCUGCUGGAGGACAACGACAGCAUAGAGUACGACGAGGACGAGUGGGAGACUCUGAACGGCAACACGCCGAUAGAAGAAGACUAUAUCAAUGACGACACAGACUCCACAGAGGACUGACAGGAGAGGAUCUAUAGAAGAAAUAAAACAUAUAUAUCUUUAUUUAAGUUAAGAAGAAUUCUAAAACUUCAGCAUCUUAAUUUGAUCUUGAAAAUCGUCAGGGAUGUCUUUCUGUUUCUUCUCGUUCGUUUCCUUUUCUUUGAUUUGAGUUUGGUUUUACUCUAAGGGCUCGAGGAGGAGUAAUUGCUGCUCUCAUUCUUUUUGUGUGUGUUUGUGUGUGUCUGUGUGUGUGUUUGGGUGUGUUUGGGUGUCUGGGCUGCAUGAAGUAGACUCAAAAAAAUCUCACUCUGUCGUUCUGCCUUUUAAUGUAAUCCAAAAAAUAGUGGAGACACAGAUUUUAGCUGACUCAGUGAAUCAUUCUCAGAUAUUAGAUUGUCUUACAUUACACUCUGAAGAGCACAAGUCUGCAGCAGAGUAUAAUAUGAGGCUUAGAGAAGAGCGCAGGAGUGUAGUUUCUCUUUUUAUUCAGGAAUAAACGUGGGGAUUAUAAAGUCGAGCUCUCACUCUUAGAAAAAAGCAGAAGAGGAAGAUUUUAGGUUCGGACUCCCAGAAGGCAAAUAAAAAAAUAUUUUCCUCCUCGUUUAAUUAAAGAUUGACCUCAUCUAAAUCCUCAAAAUGCACAAAAAAACUCUAUUUUUGUUUUUCCUAAUCCUGAUACUCUCCUUCAUACAUCUACUUUGAACAAACUGAAGAAAUCUCCAAAAAAAAAAAAAUCAGGAGAAAAGGAAAGAAGCCGUCUUCGGUAAUCUCACGUCUUUGUUUGAAUUUUGUUACUCAUGCAGCCCCAGAAAAAAAGUGUGUGUGAGUGAGAGAGUCUGUGCUGUGAGCACAUGUGUGUGUGUGUGUGUGUGUGUGCCUGCCGACGCGUAAUGUGCUUAGACGAUGUCUUAAAGAAGCAGUUCAUGUUCCCCAGUGGUGUUUUGUAGGAGACGCGCUGGAGUGAGAUGGUGUAUUGACGACAGAUUUGUUGAACAGCGAUACAGAUUCAAGCUCAUGAGUCUGCAGGUCAAGAUUCAGGAGUUUGAGGGAAGAAGAAUUUGAGAUGUCUCUGUUUGGCGUCUGCGAGAAGGUAUUUGAGUUUAUUUACUUUUGCACAUUAAACCAGAUCGAGUUCACGUAAAAGUCCCUCUCAAACUCGUCGUCCCUCUGACUUGCAGGUCGAUUUGAACUCAUCCGUGUCGCACUUGUUCAACAUUUCUGUCCGACAGGAAAUUUGUGAAGUUCAGAGAAAGAGAAAAAAAGGGUGAAAGCAGUUUUCUAUCGACUGCACCGAUCAGAGAAAAACAGAGAGGUGUGUCUGAAAAGAGAAAAUGACUUGCUACUGUAAUCACUGAUAUACCUCUAUCAUAACUUACUACUGGUCUCUUGUGUGACCUCGCUUACAUUUGUGUACAUUAUUGUACAUAUAAUAAAACAAAAACAUGCACACUUUCUCCGUUAGGAUAAGAAAAGAGUUUAUUUUCUGUUUUUCCUUACAGUAAGAAUGAAACUUUAUAGACUUAAAAAUCACUGAAAUCAGUAUUUAGUUUGGUUCAAAGUUCAUGAUGUUGGUGUGAAAACAGUACAAGCUGCAUUUAGAGAGCUCUAUUCCAAAAACACACAUGUAUUUGGUGUAAUGAAAAGAAUACCGUAAAUACUGUAUGAAACGGUGCCGCUGGUUUUGUCUACCAUGAACCUUAACACAUCUUCUUUUUCAACGGGAGCAAAAAUCUGAGUUUUUAUUGUCAGUUGUUAUACUUGUUCUGACAGCAGGUGUUGAUUUUAUUCCUGAGACAAACGGUCGUGGUCUUUAGUAAGUGCUCCUUUUAGUGUCAGUCGAGUCUAAUUUCGGUCUGUCAGACUUCAACACGCUCCAGUCAGCUCUGAUAAGACGUUUAACUCUGAGUUUAAACUUUACCACAGAAAUAAAGUCGGAUUUCUGAGGUUAUUUAGAGGGAAAAAACAAAGUUAAUCAUUAAAGAGAUUAAAAAAAGUCUGAAAUUAAAGUGAUAUUUCUGAUCUCAGAGUCAGAAUGUUGAAUUUAUUUUUAGAAUUAAAGGGUUAUGUCAGAGUUAAAGCUCCUGUGGGGACAAUGUUGGCGCCCUCUGCUGACGUUAUCCUGCACGUGUCUUUCUUUCUUUCUUUUUCCAACAGUUUAUAUUUAUCUUGGUCUGACACCUGCCCCACACCAGAGGUUACAGUCCUUAAAAAUAACUGUAGAAUUCAUCAUUCUUGGUGUUGAUGGUCUUGUUUGUUGUUUCAGGUCAUAAAAAAACUGAAUAUUAAUGCACCGUGUUUUUCGCACUAUAAGGCGCACCAUCAAUGAACGCGUCUAUUAGCGUCUAUUUUCAUACAUUGAGGUGCACCAGAUUAUAAAGAGCAGUAAGCCAAACAAAACAGUCAGAUAAGUCAAACUUUAUUUAACUCAUUCAAUAACUCUACAAGGCUACGGUAGCUGCAGCGCUCCGACAAGCCAAAAGGAUUUUAAGUGCGCCUUAUAGUACGAAGAAUACGGUAGAGCUGCUUCAUGAGCAGCCAAAACCUCCUCACAGGAGCUUUAAUAAAAAUAAACUCAGGAUUAUUCUGAGAUUUAAGUCAGAGUCUUGAGUUUAUCUGCUGAAAAAAAAAGUUAAAAUUAUUGAAUUUGACUCAAUUUUUUGCAGAAUACCAAAAAACGUACGUAAGUGCAGGUCAGAGCUCCAAGAAAUGGUCCACAUCAUGUGACCCACACCAGCCUCUAAAACCUCUUCACAAAACAAUCACUCAUCAGUUCUACUUUUCAGUAUCAGGUGUCCCAUCCGAGAUCUUAAACUACUGGCAUCAAAACAUUAAAACAUUCUUUCCACUUAAUUCAUCAGUUAAUUUUUCUGACACCAAACCUUCAGUGUCUACGUCUUUCACUUGAAUUUGUGUUAAAAAGCUUUUAAGCACAACUCCUGCGAGUAUUACUGCUGUUUAGACUUUACAGCCUGAACGUCUUCUAAAGGGUUUGAAAUCAAACUCGAUCUCAUUACUGUUGUAAUUACUGUCGGCGGGAAAUGAUAAGCUGUGAGGAAUCUCUUCAGUUAUCCGUGAUGAUGAUGAUGAUGAUGAUGAGUAAAGGGUUUGGGUUGAAUUAGAUUCUGAGGCUGUGCUUUUGGACAGGUCUCAGCGAUGAAGGACUUUAUUAGUUUGAUUGUUCUGAAAGCUUUUUGAAAAGGUGAAAGCUUGUUUAUUUUGCCUUUUGUUUUAAAAAGAGAUUUAUGUAAAUAAAAUCAUCUUUGAUAUGGAG